GCUCUUUCUUUCUCGCACUCUCUUUCAACAAUGGCUACUGGCAUUGCAACGGGUCUGAACAAGGGCCACAUCACCGCUCGUCGUGAGCUCAAGGUCACUCCUUCAUACAAGAAGGGUGUCCAAAGCAAGCGCACUAAGUUCGUUCGUGACCUCGUCCGCGAAGUUACUGGCUUUGCUCCUUAUGAGCGUCGUAUCAUGGAAUUGAUCAAGAACUCCAAGGACAAGCGUGCCAAGAAGCUUUGCAAGAAGAGACUUGGUACAUUUGUUCGUGCUAAGGCAAAGGUUGAGGAACUUACCAACGUUAUUGCCGAAUCUCGCCGUCAUUAAACUUUGAAACUUAAUGAGUAAUGACUCUGCGUCUGUAAUGUCAAUAAAAAUCAUCUAGAAUACAACAAAAGUGUUUAUUA